AUGGAGGAAGUAAAGUUGCUAGGAUGGUGGGUGAGCCCUUUCAGCAGAAGGGUAGAGCUCGCCCUCAAACUCAAAGGCGUGGGCUACGAAUACAUUGAGCAAGAUCUUGCCCACAAGAGCCAACUGCUGCUCGAGUACAACCCUGUUCACAAAAAGGUUCCUGUCCUCGUCCACAACGGCAAAACAAUGGCGGAAUCCCUCGUCAUUUUGGAGUACAUUGACGAGACAUGGCCAAACAACCCCAUCCUCCCCCGGAACCCUUACGACAAGGCCAUGGCACGAUUCUGGGCUCAGUUCAUCGAGGAAAAGUGCAAUGGUGGGUUGUGGAAAAUUAUGUGGUGCAAAGACGAGGAAGAGAGAGGGAAGUUGGUGGAGGAAGCCUCGCAGUGUUUUAUAACACUGGAAGGUGAGCUCAAGGGCAACAAGUUCUUCGGAGGGGAGGAGAUUGGGAUGGUGGACAUAGCUGCGAAUUUCAUCGGAUACUGGCUUGGAGUGGUUCAGGAAGUGAGUGGGAUGGAGCUGGUGACUCGAGACAAGUUUCCGGUGCUGUGCAAAUGGAUGGAUGAGUUUGUGGAGCACAGUGUGGUGAAGGAGACUCUGCCUCCCAGAGAUGAGCUCCACGCGGAGUUCGAAGCUCGACUUGGCGCUCCGUCUUGGAAGUACUGA